UUGGAAAUCCAUUAAUUACACUUAUCAGACAAACUCAAUGUAAUAUUGUAGAAAUGAACCAAAAAUGUCCAAUAUACGAUAAAGAUGGGAAAUUAAUUGAUUUACAGAAGAAUGAAAUGAUUUUAAAUUCACUUAAUAAAAUUCUGAAUACAAUUUGUUAUAUUGUUCAUGAAAUGGGAAUAACUAAAAUUGAAGAAGACUCUCCAAAUUCUCAAAAUAAUAAUAAAAAUGUUGCUAAAAAAGGAGGAAGAAAAAUAAAUUUGGGAGAAGCUAUUCAACUUAUUUUAAAUCAAAAUGAACUUCGAGUAAAAACAAGAUUAAUGAAAUAUUGGCAAAGAUUUGAACAACUUUGUAAUAAAUUGAAAGAUGCUGGAGAAAAGGCAACUUAUCGGAAUGCUAUAGACACAUGUAUGGAUACUUUAAAUCAGAAUGGCGCUUUCUCAGAACAUCCGGAUGCCUAUGAGUUAACUUUUAAUGGUUCAGUUUCUCACAAUCAGGAUUUAUUAAAUCGAAAAUUGUCUUUACGAAGUAUGCGUCAAUGUUUAAAAAUGGCUGUUGAUGGGUAUGAGGAAGCUGUUCAAGAACGUCGUGAAGUUGAAGAAAUGAAGAAUGAAUAUGAAAAAAUGGAACCAAGCCAUGUUUUUAUGAAUGAUUAUGAUAAACGUAUUCUUGAUUUCCAUCUUGCAAAUUUGGAAUCUGAUAUUGGUGCACCUCUUCGAACAGUUGCUUUAAAGGAUUGGGAUCAAGAUGACCUUUAUGGCUUUGAUGGUUCACACAUAACAGUAAAAGAAGGCUUAGGAACUGUACUUGAACAACUGGGUAAUGAUCUGGAUGUAAAGCUUAAUUGUAUUGUAAAGAAUAUACAAUAUGAUACAAGAGGUGUUGAUGUUAGUUAUUUUGUAAAUUCAAAACCAGAAAAUGUGAAUAAUGGCAGUGGAGGUAGUCAAAGAAUUGAAAGAAUUCUGCAAACGAUUCGGGCGGAUGCCGUUCUCUGCACAGUUCCUUUGUCUAUGCUCAAAAAAACAGUUUUAACGGAUAAUAUAAUGUCAGAUGCCAGUGCUAUUCGAUUCGAGCCAAAAUUGCCAAAUUGGAAAACUGAAGCAAUCGCUAGAUUGGGAUUUGGGUCACUCAAUAAGGCAAAUAAAAAAUUCUCUUAA